GACCCCAUGAAGAUAAUGGCUGCUUGUUAUAUAACUCAAGCCAUCGAAGCAACCCCAUCGUACCUCAAAAUGUCAAGCUCUUUAAUCUGCUUCUCCUUCUUCUCGUUCUUUAUUCUCAUCUUGGCAUUUUCUGCAGAAGGAAUUGAAUGGAAGAACUUGACAGCCAGAAGGCAGCUUGAGGAUGGGGAUGGAGAUGGGGAUGAAUCACCUUGCAGAACAGGCAAUCCCAUUGAUGAUUGUUGGAGAUGUGACCCAAACUGGGAAUCAAACAGGAAAAUGUUGGCAGAUUGUGCUGUCGGGUUCGGGCGCAACGCAGUGGGAGGUAGAGAUGGCAAAAUUUAUUUAGUUACCGAUUCAGGAAACGACGAUCCUCAGAAUCCAAAACCGGGUACUCUGCGGUAUGCAGCUCUCCAAGAGGAGCCUCUUUGGAUAAUCUUCGAUCACGAUAUGGUGAUUAACUUGAAGGCAGAGCUUGUGAUAAACUCAUUCAAGACCAUUGAUGGGAGAGGGUUCAAUAUCCAGAUUGCAAAUGGCCCUUGCAUUGCAAUUUACAAUGUGAGUAACAUAAUUGUGCAUAACAUUUUCAUUCAUGACUGUUUACCUGCUGGGAAUGCUCUAGUGAGGGACACACCUAGCCAUUACGGAUUGCGAGGGCGAUCGGAUGGGGACGGAAUCUCUAUCACCGGAUCAAGAGAUGUGUGGAUUGAUCACUGUACUUUAGCUAACUGCAAAGAUGGACUCAUUGAUGCUGUGUAUGGCUCCACAGCCAUUACAAUCUCAAACAAUUACAUGUUUCAUCACAAUGAAGUGAUGCUUCUGGGGCACAGUGAUGAGUUUGUUGAUGAUAAGAAUAUGCAGGUCACAAUUGCCUUCAAUUUUUUUGGGGAAGGCUUGGUUCAAAGGAUGCCCAGGUGCAGGCAUGGCUAUUUUCAUAUUGUCAAUAACAUAUACACUGGCUGGGAGAUGUAUGCAAUUGGUGGAAGUGCCAAUCCUACAAUUAACAGCCAAGGAAAUGUCUUUAUAGCAUCAGACAAUAGAUUUACAAAGGAGGUGACCAAGCAUGAAUCAGAAGACGAGGAAGAGUGGAAGAAAUGGAACUGGAGAUCAGAUGGAGACAGAAUGCUUAAUGGCGCUUUCUUCACAUCGUCAGGAGAAGAAUCUCCAGGAAGCUACUUGAAAGCUUCAAGCAUGGUGGCUAGACCAGCCUCAAUGUUAACCAUUUACACUCCAUCUGCAGGCGCCAUGAAUUGCCAGAGAGGCCACCAUUGCUAAUUAAAUGGGUGGUGGCACCUAAUGUUCACAUCUUCUUUCACUGUAAUUUAAGGCUUGUAAUUUAAGAUUCAACCAUUUGAACAAUUUUUAUUUCUA